UUACGUAUUACUUAUUACGUACCUGACGUAGAACGCACGUGUCUCACUUCCGGUAAAGAAAAAAAAAGGCAUCAUGCAACAACAUGGACAAGGGUCCUCGAGCACGAGCUCAUCAUCUUCACAGAACUAUAGCGGUGCUAGUGGAGGGGGUUCGCAUUACUCGGGGAGCGGAUCUUCUAGCUAUAGUGCAAAAUUAGAGGACAUGGAAUUUCCUUACUGUCCGGACGCCAACAAAUAUGAGAAACUAGCCAAAAUUGGCCAGGGAACUUUUGGAGAAGUUUUUAAAGCACGGAACCGUCAAACAAGACAACUUGUAGCAAUGAAGAAGGUGUUAAUGGAAAAUGAAAAAGAGGGGUUCCCUAUAACAGCCUUGAGGGAAAUCAAAAUACUGCAGUUGCUGAGGCAUGAAAAUGUUGUCGAUUUGAUUGAAAUAGCUAGAACAAGAGCAACUCCGUACAACAGAAUGAAAAGCACAUUUUAUUUGAUAUUUGAGUUCUGUGAACAUGAUCUUGCUGGACUUCUGAGCAAUGCAAAUGUGAAAUUCAAUAUCGGUGAGAUUAAGAAGGUCAUGCAACAACUCUUAAAUGGACUCUACUUCAUCCACAGCAACAAGAUUUUACACAGAGACAUGAAAGCUGCAAAUAUUCUGAUUACAAAACAUGGAAUUUUGAAGCUCGCUGACUUUGGUCUGGCAAGAGCCUUUAGCACAGCAGGCAAAGACAAACAAAAUAGAUACACAAACAGAGUGGUGACUCUCUGGUACCGACCACCAGAACUCCUUCUGGGUGAGAGAAACUAUGGUCCACCGAUAGACCUGUGGGGAGCAGGAUGCAUUAUGGCAGAGAUGUGGACUAGAACCCCUAUAAUGCAGGGGAAAACGGAGCAACAUCAGCUGCAGUUGAUUAGUCAGUUAUGUGGAUCCAUAACGAAGGAGGUGUGGCCAAAUGUGGAGAAACUUGAAAUGUUCACGCAAAUGGAACUGGCCCAGGGUCAAAAACGCAAAGUGAAAGACAGACUUAAGGUCUAUGUAAAAGACCAGUAUGCACUAGAUUUGAUUGACAAGUUGGUGACUCUUGACCCUGGAAAGCGAAUAGAUAGUGACACUGCUUUGAAUCAUGAUUUUUUCUGGUCAGAUCCAAUGCCAUGUGAACUUGCUCAUAUGUUGUCCCAGCAUUCCACAUCCAUGUUUGAAUUUCUGGCACCACCACGUCGUCUAGGCCAGAGAAUGCCCGCUGGGCCAGUGCAGAGACAAGCUCCUAACCCUGAUCAACAUUUUGAAAGAGUGUUUUAAAGUGUACAUUUGUUAAAUUUGCCAGUAUGGUCAAAAUAAUUUAGAAUUUACCAAUCUUACCUGUGAAUUUCAAACGAUUGUUUGAAAACUUCAUGAAUGUUGCUACAUAUGUACUAUAAACAAGUAAUAAAACAUUAAAAAUA